AUGCCGUCUCGUGUGGAGGAUUACGAGGUGUUGUAUACUAUUGGAUCUGGCUCAUAUGGGAAAUGCCAGAAGAUUCGAAGGAAGUCCGAUGGAAAGAUUCUUGUUUGGAAAGAGCUGGACUACGGCACCAUGGCGGAGGCUGAGAAGCAAAUGCUCGUGUCAGAGGUCAACCUCCUGCGCGAGCUCAAACACCCCAACAUCGUCCGGUAUUACGACCGCAUCAUAGACAGAACAAACACCACGCUAUAUAUCGUCAUGGAGUACUGCGAAGGCGGAGACCUCUCCAGUCUGAUAAUGAAGUGCAUCCAAGACAGGCGAUACUUGGAAGAGGAAUUCGUCUUGCGCGUGAUGACACAGCUGUCCCUGGCGCUGAAGGAGUGUCAUCGCCGUAGAAACGGCGGCAGCACCGUGCUCCACCGCGACCUUAAACCCGCCAACAUAUUCCUGGAUGGCAAGCAGAACGUCAAGCUGGGUGAUUUUGGCUUGGCCAGAAUCCUUAACCACGACACCAGCUUUGCCAAGACGUUUGUGGGCACGCCCUAUUACAUGUCUCCCGAGCAAAUGAAUCGCAUGUCGUACAAUGAGAAAUCAGACAUUUGGUCACUGGGAUGUUUGCUGUAUGAGCUUUGUGCUUUAUCGCCCCCGUUCACCGCACGAAACCAGAAAGAACUCGCUGAGAAGAUCAGAGAGGGAAAGUUUCGACGGAUCCCUUAUCGCUACUCAGAGGAGCUGAACAGUCUCCUGUCUAGAAUGUUACAUUUAAAGGAUUACCUGAGGCCCUCUGUGGAGUCCAUCCUGCAGAGCAGUUUAAUCUCGGAUUACAUCGCCGAAGAACAGAGGAAACACGAGGGGAGGGCGAGGAGAAAGUCGUCUGACCCCGAGCGAGCCGCGCGCGCGGAGCAGAGUGUGUCGGCAGGACUCCGGGUGAAGGAGCAGGUGCUCCGGGAAAGGGAGCGGGCGCUGAAGGAGAGAGAGGAGAGACUGGAGCAGAGGGAGCAGGAACUGUGUGCGCGGGAGAGGCUGACAAACGAGAAGCUGGCCAGAGCGGAGAGCCUGCUGAAGAGCUAUAACCUGCUGAGACAGCAGAGGGCGCUGUCCCCCCUCUGUCCCAGUGACACAGAUGAGGGUACACAGUGUUCCCCCGGGCCGAAGGUGGUCCGUUUUGUGGGAGAGCACAAGGAGAACCAGAGACCCGAGAGGGCCCAGUGUGUGAGGACCCAGGAGGUGGAGCUGAUGAAGAGGCUUCGAGCGGCGACCAGGCGCGUGCAGGCCCUGAGCGAAGUCGACACGAACCACCAGCUGAAGUGUCGGCAGCUCCACGCCAUCCGCUAA